GGCGCUCAGAGCUAAGGAUGUACAGAGGAUGCUUAAUCCAUUCUUGGAAGGGUCAAAAUGGCUUCCAGCAACAGCAGUGGGGCCUUUGCUGAGCUGGAAUCAGACUGGUGUUGAUCAAGUGAAAAAAAGCAUAAAAAUCUGCCUGAUGUUCCCUUUUCUGUUUCUCUAUGGAGCGAUGCUGUUCUGAUUUGAAGAAGGCAAGAGAGAAGUUCUUGCUGUGCACUCCAUCAAGUGCCUUCAGGGCCUCUUUACUGGGGUGACCGGAGAGCGCUCUGCACGCUGCCGCAUUAGCUCAGCGGAGAGCUUGGUGCAAACUGCAAACUGUGCAGGAAGAGGAGCUCUCAUGUGGGGAAGAGCUUCAAGUGAGAGUUUGCCCAUGACAAGAAUGCAAGUGAAAUUUGGAAGAUUUAAGAGAAGUGGAAACCAUUAUUCUCCAGGGGUGGUUGUUUGCCAGACAUAUGAGCAGCACUGCAAAGACAACCUGGAAUAUCAGAAUUCAUCAUCUCUGACAAACUGUCUUGUUCACAGUUGGCUUUGGCUCUCUCUCUCUGAGCAGAAGAAGCCCAGAUGAGUGAGUCCUCUUCCAGAUCCCCGCCAGGAUUUAGAGGCGCCCCGGAACUAGUCUCCGGAUGAGGCUCAGAGGCCUCUGCAAGGAUUUCAGCAUCGCCCUCGGGCUUUCUGCUAAGUGCUGAGAUACAAGCAUUCUGCAGACGUGAACUUGAAUGGAUUUAGAGGUUAAAGGAAUUGCUGCUUCUGCUACGAAUCAAACUCAGCCAUUCGCUGGAAGAAAGAAGCAGCUGCGACAAGGACAGACUUCCAGAUCAUGGGCAAUCCAGAAUCCUAGCCUACCUGUGGUUCCACGACUUGAUUUGGGAAGCCUCGUUGACUCUGAUGAGGAGGAUGAUUUUUCAUACAUCCCACUUAGUACUACGCAUAUUCAUUUUAACCCACCAAAUUCAUCUUCUGCUCCUAGUUGGGUCACACCAUAUCAAAUAUCACAUACACAGCAUCAUCUAAAUGAACUGGAGCAAGACAUAAUACCUGAAAACUUGCCAGCACCAACAAGCAAAUAUAAGCUGAAAUAUCAGCAGUAUAAAACUGAAAUGAAAGAGGGAUAUCGACAGUAUAGUCAGAAAAAUGCAGAAAAGACAAAAUCAAAGAUCACACAACAGUCUCCAAGAAACAAGAUAGAUGACAAGUGUGUACAAGGUGAAGAAGCCAUCGCGGGUGGUCUUACCACUCUGGAUAGGAAAGCCCUCUUACAGCAGGGUUAUGCAGACAUCCCUUACAAUGCACAAAGGAGUAUGAGAAAAUCUGAUGCCGAAAUUGUGGCUGCAGAGAGGAAGAAACAGACUGUUGCAGAGCAAAUGAUGAUAGACCACUUAUCUAGGGCUGUGAUCAGUGAUCCAGAACAAAACCUAACCACGGAGAGACAAGAAAGCGCUUGUAUCUUUCCAGGUUCAGAGGUAGCACCUCUUCGAUUUAGGAGAAGAACACUACAUGAAACUAAGAUAAGAACCCAUUCUACAUUAACUGAAAAUAUGCUUUCUCAUAAAGUACAAUUUGAUGGAAGGAUCAUGUCAAGAAAUGGGCGUGAUGCUUGCAGAGAGCUGGUUGGGUUCUUUUUUGCUCAGGACCAGUCCCUAACAAUUUAUGAAUAUCGGCAAUUUGGGAAAAACAGAACAAAUGUGCUUCCUUUUAUUAAAAAAAAUAUUUAUAGUCAUCAGUGUGGACGAAGAAAAGGAAAACAAUACCAGCUUGGCGAUUUUUAUAUUGGUGCAAACUUGACAUUUUUGAGUUCUGAUCAUCCCAGACUUCCAGAAAGCAUAAAAGAAAACACAUUACUUAUACUUCGGAUCACUAAUAUUGAUCAGAUAGCUUUGGAUUCUCUCAAUUGCAGAGCUGAUUCUGUGGAACAUGAGGAUGAUAUAACCAGUCAGGAAGCCAAUGAUAGGCUUGUCUUAAAGGCCGUUCAAGAUGCGCUAAAAGAACAGCUACACAAAAGAGGUGUCCGUAUUUUGACUGGACUGGGAAGAUAUCUUCAACAACUGGACCAAGAAGGAACUGGACUUUUAAAUAAGGCAGAUUUUAAGCAAACUCUGCAAGUAUUUCACUUAGAAGUGUCUGAAAAUGAUUUUGAGUCUGCGUGGCAAAUUCUGAAUGGCAGUGGCAGUGGCAAGGUUGAUUAUGGAGAAUUCAAACGUGCCAUUAUUGGUGAAAUGAAUGAAUACAGGAAAUCAUUUGUUCGGAAGGCCUUCAUGAAAUUGGAUUUCAACAAAACUGGCUAUGUGCCUAUUAUAGACAUAAGAAAAUGUUACUGUGCAAAGAAGCAUCCUCAAGUAAUUUCAGGCCAUUCCACGGAGGAAGAAAUCAAAUUAUCUUUUCUAGAAACAUUAAAAGAUGCCUGCAGCAAGUCUGAGGAAGUGUCCUAUGGUGAAUUUGAAGAUUACUAUGAAGGUCUAAGUAUAGAGAUAGUAAAUGAUGAAGAUUUUGUUAAUAUCGUACGUACUCCAUGGGGGAUUUAGUUUUUUUAGAACAAGUGUGUCUUCAACACUAAGCAUUUUAAAGGAGAGAUAAAUUGAAUGUAAAAUAUGGUCAAACCCAGGAAUAUAUUUGUGUAGGACUUCUUUUUUUUGUAUUGUUUUUUGUUUUUCUCAAACAGGUUGAGUCUAGAAGGAGAAAUCAGAAAGAGAGCUGGAGGGGUAUGUGUCUGGUCAUGGGCUUGUCUGAGUGCUUGCCUGUCUCUAAGGGUGUAAAGCUGUAUCUUUUGAUUCAUUACUUAUCUUGAAUAUAUUUAAAAGGUCAUUUUUUAAAUUAGACUUCAUAGGAAAGUUACAUCUGUAUCAAACUAUAUGAGGGCUUCUAUAUAGUAACGAAGUUACUUGUCCAUUGUUUUUUGGCUGCCCAUUCCCCAAAAUAUGAUUGCCACCAUUCUCAAUUUGAUGGACUGGAAUUGGGCCCAAAGCCUGUAAGACUUCUAAUAGUUCAGCUUGUUUCAAACAUAUUAAAAUGUUAAAGGAAUUAAAGGAUAUUGAAGAGAAAUUUUCCACGUGGUGUAGAUGUUUUCUGUAACAUAGAUAUUUAGAAUGAUGGUGGCUUACCCCUAAAAUGCUUAUUUAAACACUGAUUUGUCUUGUGGAUUCUUCUAAAUUAUGUGCUGCUGUUUGUCCAGUAGAGCACAAUGUAAUUAUUCAAGUGAUCACCUCUGUUCGUUCUUUUAUUCUAUUUUUAACUGCAAUCCUUAUUACCUACACAGAAUUACUGUUUAGCUAGAGACAAUACAAAAUAGGAGGGAGAAUAUUUUCUUAGAUUUUUAAAUAAAGAUCUCAAAAAGUGCAUUAUCCCAUGUAUGGACUAAGGGAUAAUUUAGUAAUUCUUCACAAAAUGUAAAAGGAUGUUUGUGUCCUAAAAUCAAUGUAUGUUAUUCUAAACAUCUCUUUUUGUUAUACUAAGCAACUAAAACAUUUUCUUCUAAAUAGAUAUUAUUUAAUGGCUAGAUGUAUUGUAAUUAUCUUUUCUAAAUUCUUCUUCACUUCUCCUUGGAAAUACAGAGAGAAGAGAUAACUUCAUAGAGUUGUUUACAAGUUUAUAAUUUUAAAUGUUAUAUGUUAAGAUAACAAAUUAGAAAAGAAUGGUGUUGAGUAAAGUAAGUUGUUAAAAAAUGAAAACAUAUACUUUGUAGAAUGUGACUUUUGGCACAUAACUUUAUUCAUCAAUACCCUUGGCAACAUUAUUAGAGAUGUAAUGUGUGUGAACACAAUAACUUCAAAGUAGUACUUUUUCAAGAUUUGAGGAGAUACUAAAACUCACUACUAAAAUACCAGAAGGAACAUAUGUAUGAACAUUUUACUGCUGUUUUUGCUAGCUAAAUUCUUUAUCCCUUGGAUUUUUUUUUCCAAUUAGGUUAUUGUAAUUAAAACAAUAUGCUGGAAGACAUUUUGGUAGAAAUAAGUCUGUAAUACCAUUUCUGUAUCACAUUCUUUUUCUUGGAGAAAAUUACCCAAUGAUGGUCAUCUUAAAUUGUCCUCAUAUUGAAAUGACUAAUUCUGUGGGUGCUCAAUAUGCAUGUACUAUUUUUCAUUGAUAAAUUUUUAUUUAUUCAUAACAAGUCUAUUCCUUUAUUGUUAGGUCAUAUUUUUUUGUGAAUAUAAUCAGAAAAUGUAUAGGCUAUCAUAUCGUGAAAAGGGAUUCUUCUGGGAUUUAACAUGUUAAAGUCACAUUAUACUCUUAAAUAAGCCUCCACCCUCUUCAUAUAAAUAUACAUAUGUGUUUGCAAAAAGUUUCUCUAUUUUGGAGCUUUUAAGUAGUUAAUUUCUUAUUAUUUUACACUGUUAUACUUCAGUGUAGAGUUAGAAAACACAUAUUCAAUAUGUUGUUUGUGUAUUUUGUUAAAUUUUAAUUGGUGGCACAAUAAAUCAUUCUG